AUGUGCAUCAUAAAAAUUUUCAAUCACUUACUUUCUGUUUCAAUUAUUGUACUACUCCUGCAGCUUCAUGUAAAUCCUAUCAAUUUUCUAUCACUUUUUUUUUCAUUACCACUCUUUACUUUUUCAUCUUCAUUCAUCAAUUCGGAUCACCGCCAAUCAUCCUCAAAAACUUCAAAUCUGAUCAGACAUGUGCAAGAGAGUUUAGUUGCAUUUUAG